AUGUCUGAAGGCUCUGUGUGCAAAAUCUGCCCAAAUGAAUGUGAAUUGGCAUACCACCUUAGUCUCUUGAAACUUGACAGCGACAUAGAGCAACUUGAAGAAGCCUCGCUUGCACCAGUAUUUACGAGCCACGUGUUCAGUCGUCGUUGCCGCGACCCAUCUGUGUCGAAGCCCACUGGAGUGGUUUCACAGUAUGGACUGUUGGCCGGAAUCAUCAAAUCCAACGGCUUGGAUUCUAUGGCUCUCGAAGAUAAAAGGACUUGGGAAAAGGACCCUAGACUGUUUUUUAACGUUUCCUCUCCUUCCAGUACUUUCAUAUCCGUUGUCUUCCACUAUGACACCUUCAUCUGUGAUAAUGGAGGCUCUCCUUGUGAAGCAGCCUUUCUCGCUUCAAACCCUGAUAUCAAAGUCAGAGUUCUAUGUGCUCCCACAAAUCUUCGAACCAUACAGGGUACAUACUCAAGGUUCAACAUUAAAGUCGAAGCAUUACAGAUAGACCAAGCCGAUCUCAACACCAGACGUAUGCUGGAUCUGAUGGCUGUUGGUCAAGACAAUGGUCCACUUCCGCUAUACAUGCACACUGUUCAGCGGAUUCUUCGAGAAAUGCGAGUCGAACAGCAAAGUCUUGGAACAGGCUUUGAUUAUGCUGAGUUCAAGGGCAGAAUACUUGAUUCUGGACUCACUCCAGGCCAACUUGAGCCAUUAAAGCAACGUCUCGAUACUUUAGAGAGCUUCAUGCCCCCACAGCAAGCAUUUUCAAGAACUGGAAAAAAUAUCAAAGCGAAAAGAUGGGGCUCUGCCUGGACGCCACAGCCGAGUCAAUUGACUAUAGUUGACCUUUCCUGUCCGUGCAUUUCUUCCGAUACGGCAUGCUCUCUUUUCAACAUAUGUUUUGGAAUCUUUUUAGAACAGACCACACAUGUCGGUCGUAUAGUGGCGCUUGAUGAGGCUCACAAAUACAUGGACAAUUCUGUUGAAGCACGCUCUUUUACUGAAACUCUUCUCUCUACCGUGAGACUGCAGCGACACCUCGGAAUACGCAUUGUGAUUUCAACACAAGAGCCGACGAUAUCGACAGCUCUCCUUGGUCUCUGCUCUGUCACCAUUGUUCAUCGUUUUUCAUCACCGGAGUGGCUCCAUACAUUGAAAAAACAUAUAGCGGGCGUCUCCAUAGGUAAUAUCCUCAAGCUAGCCGUCCAGUUCCCCGCGUAUCGGUCAGGGCUGCCACAUUCCAUCGUGGCUGUCGACGUUUACCGCCAGAACUCAUAG